AUGUCGAGAAGAACAAAAAAAGAAGACUCACUUAAUUACAAAUCUGAUGAAAAUCAAAUCAUGAAAAGUAACAAAUUAGCGUUAGAAGUUAAUAGUAAUGUGAAUACAACAGAUUUAUGUGUUCUAAAGAAUGAAGGAAAGUUAGCAAGGCUUGGAGAAGAUACAAAAUCAAUACAUGGAAAAUACUUAAAAAGACCUACAGAAUCACAAGAACUAGAAAUUUAUGAGAAAACAAAAAAAGCUCUGGAUUUAGUACUUGACAGAAAGCAGGAUACUCUUCACCCAUUUAAAGAAAGUAAAAAGGAAAAUAAGACGGAAUUUAUAAAAUAUAGAUCGAGUUCUGAUACUAUAGGAUAUGAUCCAAAGUUUGCGGAGAGAAUAAUAAAGGUAGUGGAAAGACCUAAAGAUCCUUUAGAACUUCCGAAGUUUAGAAAUAGAAUAUUAGGAGGUACGAAAAGGGAAGAAAUGGUUCCUAUUUUAAGACCUCCAUCAAAAAAACUUACCCAAGAAGAAAUUAAAGAGUGGAGUAUUCCUCCAAGUAUUUCAAACUGGAAAAACCCAAUGGGAUAUACUGUACCUUUAGAUAAAAGAGUGCAAGCUGAUACUCGAGAUUUAAUUGAUAUUUCAGUUAAUGAUAGAUUUGCAUCGUUAAGUGAGUCAUUAAAACUAGCAGAGAAAAAUGCAAGAGAACAGAUUAAACUUAGAAAUGAGCUUCAGAAACAGAAAAAGAUUAGAGAGGAAAUGGAAAGAGAAGAGAAACUUAGAAAAUUGGCAGAGUCCUCAAGAUCCGAAAGAAGCCAUCAUCUUCUUUCAAAAAUUCCAGAAUUCGAUCAGGAUAAAAAAGAGGGAUCAGAAGAGGAGACUAGUGAAUUUGACCAUAUCCGAAGAUUGGAAUUGGAAAAAAGAAGAGAAAUAGAGAGAGAAUUCAGACAAGAAAGAGCAGGAAAGAAAUCAAAAACAUUACGUGAUAGUGAUAGAGAUAUUUCUGAACAUAUUGCUUUGGGCCAAGCUCGUUCUGUUGAUGGUGGGUCUUCUUCUGAGGUCCAAUUUGAUGCAAGAUUAUUCAACAGGAUAUCAGGAUUGGAUUCAGGAUUUUCCAAUGAUACUAUAAGUGUUUAUGAUAAACCAUUAUUUAAUACAAAUAGUUUAAAGUCUAGGGGAUUAUAUACUUUUGAAGAAAGUAGAGUUGAAGAAAGUAUCGGAGGAAGGGUUCAUGUACCUUCAUUUUCAGGUACUGAUAAUUCCAAUACAGCCUUUAGAACGAAACCUGUUGAGUUUGAAAGGGAUGAUGAUCCUUUUGGUCUGGAUAAAUUAAUAGAUUCUGUUAGAAAGGAUAAAAAGAAGUAA